AUGCCAUUGCAAAGCAAGAGAACAGUCAAGGUCCAUGAGAUCCCCGCAGGCACUUCCGAAAAACAAUAUCUUGACUUCGUUGAGCAUCUUUGUACCAAGCCGCAGAAGCCCUCUAAGUCUCACUUCUCUCGCGUCAUUAAGCACUUUGGGCGAAAGUCGAAGUCGCCGCUGGUUACGUCAGCCUCAGCAUCAGCGGAUGAGUUGGAUGAAGACGUAAACUCGAAGGACGAAACUAAGGUCACCACACCAGCUUCUGGUUCAAGGGGUGAAGGUGAGCAAGCUGUCCCGCUCCUCAACAGUUCUCAGCCGACUGCGAAGAGAUUGAGGAAAACCACUUUUUGUUUCCAGAACGGUCAAUCAGUUGGCACGGUUUCCUUUGAAAAUGAAGCACUCAAAAGGGAGGCUCUGGCGCGACAUAAGGAGAAUGCAAGUUCGUGUUGGAAAGUCGAGGACAACUUUGAUGGAAUCACCAUCCUCUAUGAAGGGCCGAAUGCAAAGUUUGACAUCUGUGUGGUCCACGGACAGGGCGGCAAUGCCAUGGACACUUGGACUGCUGACAACGGUCAGAUGUGGCUCAGAGAUUCCCUGCCUGAGCAUGAGAAGUUCAAAGAAAGUCGCAUAAUGACUUUUGGUUAUGACUCAGACGUGACAGACAGAAGCACCGUUAUGGAACUGGAGAACUGGGCGGAGAGUCUUCUUCGGUCUUUGGACGAAGUGCGAACUGAAGACGAGGAGAAAAAAAGGCCGCUAUUACUUGUCUGCCAUUCUCUGGGAGGACUAGUUGGACGAAAGGCAAUGACUCACUUGAACCCGACAAUCAACCUCCAGAAUAUCAAGCUGUCCCAAUUUGGCAUCGUCUUUUUAGCCACACCGCAUAGCGGCUCAACAAUUGCAGACUGGAACAACUUCUUGGUUGCUACCGCACACGCAGUCGGAGGCGUCAGAACACAGGCGGUCGAAAAGCUACGAUCGUUUAACCCUGCUUCCGUUUGGGAUACGUCGGCUUUUUUAAAUCUUGAACCAUGCCCGCCCUUUCAGUGUUUCGCAGAGGGUCGCAAGAUGCGCGUGAAAGGCAUGGACCAGCAUAUUGUGACACAAUCGUCCGCAACUCUUGGCAAGAAACAAGCAUACCAGAUUAUGAACGUUGAUCACGUUACUAUCUGCAAGUUUGACUCGAAAUUGGGGCCUUUCCUGACGAUCAGUAUGGCACUGUUAGAAUUGCUCAGCGAUGUGACCACUGGUGGCAUCCAGCAACCGAAGGCUCACGACCGUCGUAUGUUUGGCCAGCCGCGGUUCCUUGCACAUGCAUAUCCACCAGAUCGAGGUUACUGGUGGGAGGGAAACGAACUGAACGAUAUUCAACAUCAGGUCACAUCGACCAAGCCUUUCUUUGGGCGAUCCGCGGAGCUGAGGACUCUUGAAUCGUCCUUAGCUGGAGACGGAACGCGCCCGAGUCUUACGGUAGUAAAGGGUAUUGGAGGAAUAGGGAAAACCGAACUACUUCUUCAGUUUGCAACUAAGCAAAGAGGCCGCAGGAAUGUCUUCUUCUUAGGGUCUCAAGAUGGAGAGACAAUUGACAGUGUUCUCUCCAAGCUGUCAACAAGAAUCGGCUUCCACAUGAUCGAGGAUCCGGGUGAGAACCAAGAACGGUGGAGGAGCACUCCCGUCGCUGAGCGCAUUCAGAUCUUCAUCACAUGGCUGGGGGAUAGGUGUAACAGAGAGUCUCUCUUUAUCAUCGAUGACAUAGAAGCUUUUGGAUACUCCAGAAUUCCAGUCAUCUUGAAAUACCCGGCACAACACACGUUGAUUUCCACUCGAGACUCUAACUUGAAACGAGCGGAUCGAGUCUUUCGAGAGCUCCGACUGUGUCCACUAGGUCACGACGAUACAGUAGGAAUCUUGAAAAGCACACUCGAAAGUCUCUCUGCAGACCCAGCAUUUUGGAAUGAUCUUGGGUCUAUUGCCCUUACGAUUCAAGGCCACCCUCUUGCGGCUCGAAAUGCUAUCCCGUUCAUAAUGGACUAUCUGGCAACCUACGAUAGACCCAGCAAAGCAUUUUCGCAACUAUUGGAGGUUCAAGACCCUGAAGAGCGUAGGGUAUUUCUCGAGUUCAGCUUUGAAGGUCGAUCACUUUGGGAAGCCUUUGAUACCUCUCUCGAGCGUCUGGAAUUACAACAGAACUCCCAAAACGCGACCAGCCUUCUUCAGAUACUUCCAUUCUUAUCCUGUGCUAAUGAUCGUGUGGAUGACUUUUUAAAGAUGAACAAGAGCCUGCCAGCUGACAGCGAGAAAGACCUACCAGAUAUGGCGGUGCUCAAGUGUGGUUACACUGUCAUAUCGAACUGGCUAUCCAAGUUGCGCGGUGUCUCCUUUUAUCUCCAAAGUGGCUUGUCUAAUCAUACCAAAGCCAUUGACAUACACCCUCUUGUGCUCCAGUACAUAUUGUUAAGUUUGAAUGAGCGCAGAAGAGUGGAUCUCAUUAGACAGGUCUUGCAAUUGUGCCACGCUUUAAUGGACAUACUGAAUGAGCGUGAAGCAGAGAUCAAGCCGCAUGUUCUCCAUUGCGGUCAAGUCUGUCGAGGACUGGGAAUCUCACUAAGUAGCUUAGGCCUGCCUGAAAGCACUAUCAGGUGGGUGAAACGCUUACUCGAGAUACAAGUAGAGGAGGGAGAAGAUCCAUUCGGUGAUCCGAUCGACUUGUCAUCUGCAGCAGUAGAUGAGUUCGUUAAAGCCUGUAUGGAGACGAAAAAGAGUCUUCGCCAAGGCAGCGAAAACUCUCUGUUUGAGAAGACUAGGAUGAGUCAGAUGCUGAUUAAUUGUGUCAGGGCCUGGAGGGCGCUGAGAUGGUCAAUAGAAGAGCAGGGAGAAAUAGCUGACUAUCUCAAGCCUGAACUUUUAGAGGCGAUGGAAGGACUUCAAGAGAUGGUUAAACUGCGCAACAUGUAUCCAGAUAUCAUUUUGGAACUCGGAUCGUUUCGAGCUAGUCUGAUCGAAGGUUUAGAAGGCUGA